AUGGCUGCCCCCCAGAACAACUUCCUCGUCCUCACCGCCGAGGCUCGUCCCGCCGCCUCCGCCGCCGCCGUCUCGCAGUUCCUCUCCCUCGCCCCCGACGUGUCGGCCUCGCACCCGCGCACCCAGCGCACCCGCACCGACAGCGAUGCCUCGUCCUCGGACAGCGCCGCCGCCAGCCCGACUCUGACGCCCGUCACCGUCGACGCCGCCGUGCCCGUCUCCAACACGCGCGUGCUCAAGCUCAGCCCCGUGCACUGGGGUGCCCAUACCGAGGACCACCAGGCUGACUUUCACGACCUGGUCUAA